AUGACUGCUGCAAGUAUCUCCUCGCCGGUUGAUGUGAAUGAAGAUCUGCAUCACGACGAUCUUGUCCAACGCCUAAAGUCCACGCCCGCUGUGAGCCCGAUACCGCUUCAAGGCCCGAAGAAGGCACCGGCUCGUACAGAGGCGCCUAUAGAAGACGCAUCACGCUCAAGCUCAAGCCAGCACUCCGUCGACGCCAUGGGAGAAAGCAACUCGCUCGCCCGCCAGCUCAGCAACACCUCCGACGACAGCAUGACUUCGCGCAGGCCCUCCACACCACGCUCGCAGACGGACCCUCAGCCCAACACUCUGACGUCCCUCACCCUCACCACUCGGCCACGGAACCGCUCGCCCUACUCUCGCUCUCACCUUCGCUCUCAGAGCGGCUCAGCGUUACCGAGUGCGCCGCCCAUGACACGGGCCCAUUCGCUGCCUACUGUCAUGCAGCCGUCUGGCAGCCUCAUGCUCUCGCCUACCCCGAUGCCGCUCGCCCGCCCGGCUUCUCCUCUGCGGUCGCCUAAGCCGACCCGCAGCCCACGGGCACUGGAGCCACGGCCUCACGCAGUAGGAGCCCCGGAGCGGUACGGCUCGGGUAUCCGUCCAGCCUCUAUCGGCUCAUUCGAGGGUGCUCCGAGUGUAUGCAACAUCUCAGAGGACGCUGAACUCGAACUCACGCCACGGGUCGGCACCACCGUGUCGAGUCUAUACAGCAGCACAGGCUCGCUCUCCAGGCGGCGUCGACCAGCCUCACCGCUCUACCAGGUCUCGCUAUCCUUUGGCGCACCGCCUACCAGCACCCCUUCCGUCAGCACACCCACGUCAACUGUCUCUUCACCCCUCCUUGCACCAUCCAGGUUCAACGAGAACUACCCCAUGUCCCAUGCCUCAUCGUCUGUACCCUCUACACCAACCUCGAUGCGCUCCCGCAGCCCUUCCAUUUCGUCUCUCGAAACUAUCGAAGACAGUCCAGAUGCAGAAGAAGAGGCUACAGAGGCCGAUCGUAUACGGCGACUCAAGGCUGCGGCUGAUCGUGAGGAUGGCGGAGAUGCCAGGAGAUCCAGCCUAGACGUGCCCGAAGGCCGUGGGCGCAGUCUGGGUUUCGGCAAGCGAGACUCAAGGAAGAGGUGGAGUGUCUGCGGAGCCGAACGACGAGGCGACCUGGACCUGGAAACUAUAUGGGAGGAUUGA